UCUAUAGACAUGUCAGAUAGCUGCUCGUCAGCCCUGGUUCUGGAGACCCUCUAUUCACUGGGCUUUGCAUGCCUGAUCUAAAAAUGUGGUUCUGGAACAUUCCAGAUAACUGUCAAUUUAGCUUUCAUUAGACUGAAAUGCAGGGUUUUGGCAUUGAUCUCAUAGGCCUGCUGACACAAUGAGCUGACUACUCUCACUGCCUGGGCCAAACACUGCCAGGGGGAGGCGCUGAUGUGCGACUGCGUAGGGUUCCUUCAGGGGGAGGCGCUUAGCCCCACAGCCGACACGACACAGCACCCCAACUGCCCAUUUUAAAGAAGCCACAAACAUGGCCAUGCGUUUUGGGUUAUGGCUGAGCCGACAGCCGUGAUGUAAUAUGUAAACAUGAGUAGGUACAGUACUGAUGGGAGAAACUUCAGAAAAGCCUGGAGGCUGGAUUAUUGUGUACUGUACGGGACUGUCAGUUUUAAAGCAGCGGCACUAAUUACACUCCCUGUUGGUUGGGCCUGUCAGUGAUUCACAGCAUACAAACAUCCCAUGAACCUGUGACACGUUUGGGCUCCGGUCCAGUAGGAUUUCAAUCUCCCUUGAAACUUGACUUAAAUAAUUCUGGCACCAAAUAUGUCUGAGGUACAUUUCUUUCAGGUGGCAUCCAAGCUCAUGGUGUCUUACGGAGACUGACACCUUCCCCGAGGGCUGCUGGGUAAAGUGUAUGGUGUUGAACCUUUAACUAGAUGUAAGAUGGAGAGCUCACCGACGCCUUGGGGCUGUUCGCUGGUGAUAAUGCACACCAGGUCACGUGACACAUCUCUCGAUCUGGUGCCCACCCUGUUUUCCUAGUCUGGCCCCCCCUUUGCUGGGCGUUUCUUCUUCAUUUCUCUCUCCUAGUUCGUUAAACCCCCAAAACCCAAACGACAUCCCCCGAUCCAUCUUGCUGUCUCCAUGUUGUGUGCCUGUUCAAGUUGUGGUGUGCAUUACCCAGCCAGAGUAAGUUUUAACAUCUACAUACAUGUUGCAUGGGGUGCUUUGUGGCGUAAGAGUUGAUCGGCUAUUUCAAGCAGGACCAGGGCUGCUAAAUCCCAUGGAACCCAACAGGAAGUGGCUUGAACAAUGCAGGCACUAACGGUGCACAGUAACAGGCCACAUACCGCGGCCUUCAAAGACCCUCUUUUUUCCCCAUAACUUCCUGGGUUUGUUUUGGUAACCUUGUGCUCCCCUUAGCUUCUCUGUUCUUUAGAUAUUAGCUGCUGGUGUGGUUUUGCUUGGUCCUUCUCACUGGCCUUGUAGAUAUUACCAGAAAUUAGGCUAAAUCACUCAGGGACCCACUGUGUCACUGUGAGGAAUCGCCUGGCCGGUGAGGCUGAGGUCACUGCGGCACCCUGAGGUUCCUUCAGCCUCGUCCUUCGCUGAUUGGCUGGUCACAGUUUGACCGCAUCACCCCCCGCCGACCAAUAAGGGGCCCACCUGUCCAUCCCUCUCUGUAACGCUCAUUCUCAUUCCCAGCUUCUUCUCUGCAUUCGUCCCGCAUCCAUGUUUUCGCCCCUGGUACAAGCCCCGCCUCCACCUUCAUUGUCAGCUUAUCAUCUUGUCCAAAGAAUAUCUAUGGUUUGCAAUCCUACCAGUAUGGAUGAUACAAGCAAAACUGUACUCUGCUGAAUUUCACAGCCCCAGUCUGAAGCUCUCGUCACCAUGACGCCUGUGUCAUUAAUCUGCUUUUCCCCCAAAUGCAGUUUGUUUUAGAUCAGGCGUGGCUGCCUGUCCUCUGCUGCUCUUGGGCAGACAGUCUGUAUACGACUGCAGCUGUCGGCGACAUUGGUGGGUGACGAGGGCCUGAGGGCAUCUGUAAGACGUGGGGGAGGAGUGACGUGGGGGAGGAGUGACGGGGGAGCUGGAGAGGAUGGCCUUGCAUUGUACUGAAUAGAGGAAAAGAUUUCUCAAGGAAGGCCGAAGAGGAGGAAGGGGCCAGAGAGAGGGGCGGUCACCCUCUUAAGAAACCCAACUCACUCUGUCUUCCUAUUGGCCUUUCAAAGCAGGAAGUCCCACCCAUGUAGUCAUAAACACAUUCCAUCUGGACCUGCCACAUUUUAAGAAGCUGAAACUAAGUGAAGCAGGCAUGCAUUGUCAAAGCAGGUGUAAGAAAUCCCUUUCCGGUAUGAUCUUAUGUGGCUCAUAUUUCUGUGUGAGGGAUUUAUCCCGUUCAGUGAAAAAAACCUGAAAUCUUUCUAUCUGAAACUAAAUACACCAGGAAAUCAAAACCUGUUCUGUAGGCAGUAAAACUCGUAGUCUCAGUAUUUUGAUAUUCUCUGUGGCUUUGUGUGGAGUUCGUGUGCCUUUCUCCACGGGUGCUGUUUAGCGAGUACUUUGGACGGGCUGGGUGUGCAGGUGCAGUGGUGAAUGUGGGGACGUCCACGUGUUGGGAGCGUGCAGCAGCGUGCCUGUAAACACGGGCAUGGUUUGGCACGGCCCGGCGUAUUUGGUCAGCAACAUUUUUCCUGAGUCAGGGAUAAAAAAUAUUUAAAAAAUAACACUGCAAGGAUGUUAAGGUCACAUGUCAUCAUGGUGAACUGCAGUGGGUGACCCCACAUUCUGGGUACCCCUGCUUGCUCUAGCAGUCAAAAGUUUGUGCACACACUGAGGCUUUCUAUAUUUGCAUGUUACUCACUUACUAUUGUGUGUAUUUUUAGCAAAUGUUAUUUGCAAACAUUCACAGGAUGUUCAUCAUUUCAGUACCUUUAUUUGCAAGAAAAUGUCAUAUCUUUGAUUCAUCAAAAUAACCUCCUGUAGCAAUUAUAACAACAGAGAAAAUCUGAGGCAUUCUGUCUAAAGGGACAUUAAAUACUGCUCUGUGUCAUGGGAUGAAACAGUUAACUAGUGCAAUUAAAGUUAAAGGACGGCCUAGAAUCUGACUCUGCCAUCACCACACAACCAGUUAAUAGGAUGUCAGACAUGCACUGUUACAUUAUCUUUCCAUGUUAUGAAGGACACUUAUUUUAUAUAUAUAUAGUCUAUGAAAUAAAUGGAAAAGCAGUAAAAUCCUGUGGUGUGAAAAGGCCUUUGACUGGUGCUGUAGAUCACAGUCUAAUACAGGGCUGAGUGAGCUUAUCCGCAAAGGGCCAGUGUGAAUGCGGGAUUUCACUGCUACUCCCUAAUCAGGUUACUAAUUACAGGACUGAUUGGCUGAAGAGUCCUCACACCUGGGUUUGAACAGCUGACCUAAAGGUUACCCAGAAACCGGCACACACACCAGUCUUUUGUGGAUAAGAUUGCCCCCCGCAGCCUCAAGCCCCCAGUGUGAUGUUCAUAAUGGUGGCUGCUGCUUUCACCAUAUUCUCCCUCUUCUUCCACAUCAACGAACAUUCCCAAUGUGCUGCGUUCUCCUAUUGAGCCUCUCCUGGCACGACCUUUAACCCCUCACUCAUUUCACUCCAUCCAUGGAUGUCUUCGUCCAUCAGCCUGGAAGGUAUGGAAACUCUGAACCUUUACUGGCGUUUGCAAUGCUGUGUGAGAUUUAGGUUUUACUGAAUAGAAAAUUCAGUAUUGAUUGUGCGGAAGUAAAGCUUCUUUGACAUUUGAUGGCGUGAUUCUCCUUUUUAAAAAGCUGCUUUUCCAAACCUUAUAGAUGAAUUUUUGGUAAAAGAAAGGCAUGAUGUAAAAGGGAGAAUUUUGUGUAUGUCUUAAAAUUAGGUCAAACACAGUGUGUGUUUCAUAAACAGCGGCUGGGUCAGAACUAACUAAAAUCAAAGGAAAAAAGUAAACAGGAAAUAUGGAGGUAAAAUGGUAAGUUUGGUUAAAUCCGGUGUACAAGUGUUAUAGAACAGAAACAAACCCAGGUAUUCACAGAUACUACACUUCCAAACAAUUCACUAUGUGAGCAGGUGUGUAUGUCAACUACAGCCCAAAGCUGCCCCCCCCCCCCACAGCAGACAGCAGACGGACAGAGACUGCCCCGGGAGAGAGUAGGUGUCUCGAUCUCCAUCGAGGCAGAGGUGUGUGUGUCAAAUGGGAUGUUUCAUCAGAGGCAUUCCUGAGCUGUGAUGGAUCACCCCAUCUGUUAGAAAGGCUCCAGUCAACUCCCAGCAAACGGCCGCCGACUUCAGCGACGCCUGACAGGGACUGACAAGCUCGUGUGUGGCGUUACAGGGAUCACUCCAUACGGAGCUCGACCCCUUUCUGCUGGGUAGCCGCUUCUCACCGCGGCCCCACUGUGCGAAAUGGACGAAGUUAGUUCAUGUCCAGGAUGAUGGAGUCCAAGGAGAUGGGAGAGAAGGUGGAGAACCCCAUGGACCCCCUGGAAGAGGAGGACCGGCACAGUAAUGGGGCCGCGCAGGUGGAACGGCGCGGCCAGUGGGAGGCGCCGGAUGGUGGCUGGGGCUGGGUGGUCCUGGGGGCCACAGUCCUGGUCCUGGCCCUGACACUGGCCUUCCCAUCCUGCCUGGGCAUCUUCUAUAGCGACCUGCAGAUGGCGUUCCACGCCAGCAACAGCGAGACGUCAUGGGUCCCCUCCAUCAUGACAGCCGUGCUGCAUGCGGGAGGCCCCUUCUGCAGCGUGUUGGUGGAGCGCUUUGGUUGCCGUGCCACGGUGAUGCUGGGCGGGGUCCUGAGCGGCGUGGGCAUGGUCGCCAGCUGCUUCACCAACACCAUCGGCGAGCUCUACUUCACUGCGGGCUUCAUCACAGGCCUGGGCUUCUGCUUCAGCUUCCAGCCGGCCAUCACCAUCCUCCGCUACUACUUUGUGCGCCGCCGCGUCUUCGCCAACGCCGUCUCGUCCACGGGCACAGCUAUCGGCCUGUCCAUCCUGCCCUUCCUCUCCAACUUUCUGCGCAGCAAACUGGGCUGGAGGGGCAGCUUCCUGGUGCUGGGGGGGCUCCUGCUGAACUGCUGCGUGUGCGGCGCCGUCAUGCGGCCUGUCAGGGGUGCCCCCCGGCCCGCCCCCCAGAGCCUCGGGACGCAUGCCGAGGGCCCCCCGCCGGCGAGGGGCAGGAUGGGGCGGGUGAGGGCAGCGAUGCUCAGCAUGCUAAGAGCCGUGCGCCAGCACAUGGCCUUUGACGUGUUCUGUAACAACCGGCGCUAUCGUUACUACUCCAUCGGGAUCACGUGGGCCAUGCUGGGCUUCGUGGUGCCCCUUGUGUACCUGGUGCCCUACGCCACCACCAACGGCAUGGAGAAGGGCCACGUCGCCCUGCUCCUCACCGUCAUGGGCGUCAUCAACAUCGUGGCGCGGCCGCUGGCCGGCAUCCUUUUCCAGAGGCCCUGGUUCCAGGGUCGCCACGUGUACGUGUUCUCCGUGGCGCUACUGGCCAAUGGUUUGAGCAACAGCAUCUGCGGCGUGGCUGCCAGCUUCUCGGUGCUGCUGGCCUACGCUGUGGCCUUCGGCCUCACCAUGAGCGUGGUGGGCUCGCUGCUCUUCACCGUGCUCAUGGGCGUCGUGGAGGCCAGCCGCUUCCCUGCCGCCCUUGGCCUCCUGUCCGUCAUGGAGAGCGUCACCUUGCUGCUGGGACCGCCCCUCGCAGGCGUCUUGGUGGACACCACAGACCAGUACAUCCACGUGUUCUAUGUGUGCAGCGUCAUUGUUGUUAUCUCCGCAAUCUUCAUCAUGGUGUCGUUCUACUGGCUGAACCACACCGAGACCAGGCAGGCCGCGGGUCCCCACAAGUCACUCCCCAAGCCCUCGCUCGACAUGGCGGACUGUCAGGACGGCGGGGGGGUCCCAUUGCAACGAGUGGAAGUUCCCCCUGGAGAGACGGUCUGUGCCAACAUCGCAUGAGCCGGACUCAAGUGUGGUCAUGAGAAGAGAGAGCCCCCCCCAGACAGGCAGCCAUGGAGAAAAUACCUGGAGAUAUUUGCCCUGCACAGGCGACUGUGAAUCGCACACGCACACACACACACACACACACACUUUGUUUUCAAACCUUUUAAUAUACCAAUUUCUAUCAGCAUAACCCUAAUCCCAACAAUGACAACCUUGACCCCUACUGAGCCCUAACCUUAAGUUUUUAAUACAUUGUGGUGAAAUCUGAUCCCCACAAUGUAAUAAUAACAAACACACACACACACACACACAGAGUUCAAAUACAGGUCAAAUACAGCUUGGAACCGCCUGUCACCCAGACUUCCAGGACGACCAUGUUGUCCCCUCCGGAGCUGUUUGGUGAGUGUCUGGUGGACGGAGGAUUUGUUGCCAGCUGCCCACCUGAGCUCUGUUUUCUGCUUGGCAUUGGGGGGCACUGUCCCGGGGGUUGCACUCCUUUUUGUAGUUUUGUAUUUUUGUGUAAACACUGGUCUGCGGCCUCCUCGCCUCAGAAACCGUUUCUGGGUGAAAUCCGCCCAACUUCCAUGUGAGAUCAGCCUGCAAAGUGCCUGGUGAUAUACUGGGUGCAGCCGACUCUCCCUGCCUCCCAGCAGAACCAAACCCACUCCAGCUCACAGCUUCCACUCAGGCCAACUGCAGUAAUCUAUUAUGUGUUAAUUUUAUAACACAGACUGACAGAGCCGGUGUGAGAAGACAGCUUCGAAAAAUCGAAAAACAGUGUGAUGAAAUGGACCUUAGAAAAAAACAACAAAAAGCAUUAUUUUGAUAUUGUUAAACAGCUCUUGAGUCUAUCUCAGGUAAAGACAAAACAAGACACAGAAAACAGCCAGUGAGAUUGUAUCCCCAGUAAGGAUAGCCUUUCUGUGAUUGACAAUGUGAAAAAAGACAUUUACCAUUUAAGGACAUAUUUUACAGUUCAGCCCGAUAUAAAAACGUGUUGUUCUCACAAACAGCCAUGAGGUUUGUUGUGUUAAAGGCAUUGGGUCUGUUCAUGAUUCAGGUCAGGGCUCAGGUUGCACUGGUUUCAGUAAAAUGUGUUUGCGUUUUGUGCCAAAUAAAUCUAUUUUUUUAAUUGAGCUGCGUUAUCAUUGCAACAAGCCAUGACAUACGCUGUUUGUUUGUACUGUACUGUAUAACCAAAAUUACCAACACUGUCUCCUUUAAGAUGUUCCUCUAAAGUCUAAAAAGGUGAAUUUUAGACUUCUAACUUAGUGUGUAUGUGUAGAAGGGGUAUGUAGGCCUAUGAUCUGAAGUAUAUUUUUAUUUAAUAUUCUGUUGUAUUUAAUAUGACAGAGGGAAAUUCUUCUUAGAAUAGCUAGAAUUAAGUUCAGUGUCGUAGCAUGGGACAGGAUAUGGUUCAAAUCCAAUGAACCACACUUUUUGUGAAUGUAGUUUAAAUCGGCGGUGCUCCAGCGGUACUGGCCCAUAGGUGUGAGACGCCGCUGUGCCGGAAUGUAAUACUGUCCUGAGGUCCAGGUGGGUGGUCCCUCAGCCCAUGUGCAAGGGCCUAGGAGGGAAUUUGACACUGGGGGACACAACAUUCAUUUAAACGAAAAGUUCUGGGGAGGGGGCAUGGACAGGGAUGAAUGAAAUGAAAUUCCCCAUGGUUCCUGCACCCCUGCUUGUGUGUGCCCGUACAACCUGGAGAUUCCCAUAACACCAUGUGCCCUGAUCAUGUGAUUGGCCAAACAUCUGCAUCAAGGUUUAGUACUUUGAAUACUGACCAACUGAUGUAACACCACAGUGAUCGCUGUAUUAAAGUUUUAUCACUUCAUUUAA